AUGGGUGGCGGAGUCGACGCGGGCACCGCGUUCUACGAUGCGGCCCUCCACCGGCGCGAGGCCCUCAUGGGCGCGUCAGGUGCUCGCGCUCUAUGGAAGAACUUUAAGGUUUUCCGCAUCGCCGCCUUUGCCUGCAUCGGAGGCGUGCUGUACGGGUACAACCAGGGCAUGUUCUCGGGGGUCCUCGCCAUGCCUGCUUUCAAGAAGCACAUGGGCGAAUACGACCCUUUUGACGACUCGGCGAACCAGACGAAGAAGGGCUGGCUGACGGCUAUCCUCGAGCUCGGCGCCUGGCUCGGCACCCUCCUCUCUGGAUUCACUGCCGAGGCGCUGUCGCGCAAGUAUGCCGUCCUGGUUGCGUGUGCCGUGUUUAUGCUUGGCGUCGUCAUCCAGGCAACCGCAAUCAGUGCUGGGUAUCAGGCUAUUCUGGCCGGUCGAUUCAUUACCGGAAUGGGUGUUGGUAGUCUGGCUACCAUUGUCCCGAUCUACAACUCCGAAGUCGCUCCUCCCGAGGUCCGUGGCGCUCUUGUCGCCACGCAGCAGCUUGCCAUCACGUUUGGCAUUAUGAUUAGCUUCUGGAUCGACUACGGCACAAACUAUAUCGGCGGCACCGAGGUCAACACCCAGACCGACGCCGCCUGGCUCGUCCCCAUCUGCCUUCAGCUUGCCCCGGCGCUCGUCCUCUUCUUCGGAAUGAUCUUUAUGCCGUUCUCCCCUCGCUGGCUCGUCCACCACGGCCGCGAGGAAGAAGCCCGACGGGUGCUCCUCCACCUUCGAGGCCUUGAGCCCGGCCAUGAGCUCAUCGAGCUCGAGUUCCUCGAGAUCAAGGCGCAGUCGCUCUUUGAGAAGCGAACCGUGGCGGAGCACUUCCCGCACCUGCGGGAGCAGACCGCGUGGAACACCUUCAAGCUGCAGUUCGUCGCCAUCGGGAGCCUGUUCCGCACGAGGGCCAUGUUCAAGCGCGUGGUGGUCAGCACGGUGGUCAUGUUCUUCCAGCAGUGGACGGGCAUCAACGCCGUGCUGUACUACGCGCCUACAAUUUUCAAGCAGCUCGGCAUGAGCAGCAACACGACUUCUCUGCUGGCUACGGGUGUGGUCGGCAUCGUCAUGUUCAUCGCGACGAUCCCCUCGGUUCUGUGGAUCGACCGCAUCGGACGCAAGCCCGUGCUGGCUGCUGGCGCGGUGGGCAUGGCGACGUGUCACAUCAUCAUCGCGGUCAUCGUGGCCAAGGAUCAGGAUCGGUGGCAGGAUGAGGCGGCUGCCGGAUGGGCGGCGGUCUGCAUGGUGUGGCUCUUUGUCAUCCACUUUGGAUAUUCGUGGGGACCCUGCGCGUGGAUCAUCAUUGCCGAGAUCUGGCCCCUCUCUUCGCGGCCGUAUGGUGUGUCGUUGGGCGCUUCCAGCAACUGGAUGAACAACUUUAUCGUUGGACAAGUUACGCCGGACAUGCUCCAGGGUAUCACCUAUGGCACUUAUAUUCUUUUCGGUCUGCUCACCUAUCUUGGCGCGGCAUUCAUCUGGUUUUUUGUUCCCGAGACCAAGCGUCUGACCCUCGAGGAGAUGGAUAUCAUCUUCGGAUCCGAGGGCACUUCUCAAGCCGACUUUGAGCGCAUGGAGGAGGUCAACAGCGAGAUCGGCCUCACACGCAUGAUUCGCGGCUCUGGCCCGACCGGUAGCGAAGCCGUUGUUCCCGAAAAGAAAGAGGCCGUGGAUGUGUAG